AUGCAAAUAAUGUUGGGUGCGCAUCUCCCUUGGGCAUGGCUGAGGCACAAGAUCCUGGCCGCUUCCGAGAUUGCACAUGAGUUGAAACUCGAUUACCUGCAGCCUCUUUUCGUUCUCUUUGCGUUGCUGGAUAAGGAAUUUGUCAAAGCCCUGGUAUCUGGGUUUGUAAGAAUGGUAUCAAUGGAAGACCCGGUGAUGUCAGCUCUCAACUCUCAAGGUAAGACAUUCCAAGUCUCGGCCUUCCAGGUGAAGCUGAAGGGCGUGAAGAAAAAGGGAGAAAAAGGCGAAAAGCCUUUUUUUCGACGCACAACAGCAUGA